AUGUUGUUAGUUUCAGCUUUAUUGCAAUUGGCAAUUGUUGCCCUGCUAUUUCCUUCUCAAGUGGCGGCUUUUUCCCUCUACAGUAAUGGUGAGAGAAGAUGUUUCUACAAGGAAUUGUCAAAGGGUACGUUACUUCAGGGCAAGUACAGUGUCAAGGCAUAUGAUGAUGGUAUCCAAUCCUACAGAGACACUAAUCCACAAGAAUUCGAUGUAUCAAUGGAAGUAGAAGAAGUUUUUGAUGAUUAUCACAGAGUUGUGCAUCAAAAGGGUGUAUCAGGAGAACUAAACCUAUUAGCGCUAGAUUCAGGUGAACACAGAAUUUGUAUUCAGGCGCAACCUAAUUCUUGGAUGGGUAAAUCAAAAACUAAGAUCAAUUUAGAUUUUGAAAUUGGUUCUGACGUUAAAUUGGAUUCAAAACAAAAAACAGUGGUUGAUUCUCUACAUCAAAAAGUAAACAUUUUAAAUGAUAAAGUGCUUUCGAUUAGAAGGGAACAGAAAUUGGUUAGAGACCGUGAAGCCCAAUUCAGAGAUAUCUCUGAAUCUGUUAACUCGCAUGCUAUGUGGUGGAGUGUCAUUCAAUUGGUUGUGCUAGUGCUAACCUGUAUUUGGCAAAUGAGACAUUUAAGGACUUUCUUCGUAAAACAGAAAGUUUUGUAA